UCAGGUAUAGUGUGACAAAAAGAGUGUUUGCAGCUCAAACCACCUGCUGCUUCUGUUCAUUUCCUCUGCGAAUGUUGUGGUCGACACCCUGACACAAUACAGACUGGCUGCAGGCUCCCACCACACGCUUCUUUGAGAGGAUCAGUUCAGGAUUCAGUGAUGCUCUUUGACCAGAACCGGCCUUUUUGAGCAGGAGACAACAUGGACUGCAACUCCACUGUUAGACAUUCCUGUUCAGGUUGGCCUCUCUACAGUCUGAUCGGGGCCGUCUCCUUCCCCAUCGUGGUGUUUACGCUGCUCGCUGCCAUUUAUCUCAGAAAAUAUUGUUCUUUGGUAAAGAGGUAUGAAGACCUGAAGGGGAGCAGAUAUUCGCUGGGUGUCGGUCCUCGGCUGGACGCUUCCAGCAGCACACCUCUGAGGCCGGACCCAGCAGCGGUGGAGGAAGAGAGAGAGGGCGCAGAAGAGGAGGGUCCUCGAAUCCCCCUGCAGCAGAGCAGCAAAAUGCGUCUGUCCUCCAGGAGGCUGUGGAAAGGCCUGCAGCAGAGUCCUCAUUUCACCAAGUCGGACCUGAACCUGCUGCAGCUGAUCAAAGCGGGGAAGGAGGGCGUCUUCUACCAGGCCAGGAUGAACAGAGGGACGUGUAAAGGCCACAACCUGUUCACCUGCAAGAUCAGCAAAGAAGGAGUCCGUCCCAAACAUGUGGAGAUGGAGAUUUCCAUCAUGAGGAAACUGGUGCAGCACAAGAACAUCCUGCAGCUGCUGGACUGGAACACCUCUGAGGAGCCUAGCAUUCUAAUCAUGGAGUACGUGAGCUACGGCACCCUGAGGACCUUCCUGCAGACCAACAGAGUCCGCCUGAGUGCAGACCUGGAGCUGCAGAGCCUGCUCACCAUCGCCUCCUACCACAUCGCUCUGGCCCUGCAGCACCUGCGCUCCAAAAUGAUUAUUCACGGUGACCUGGCUCUGAGGAACAUCAUGGUCAACAAGUUUCCCUGGGAGGUCAAAGUGGGCGAGUUCGGUCUGGCCCGAGACUUAACGAGUAUGACGAGCCGCCGCAGCAGCCGCUGGAGAAACCCUCGACAGCGAGUGCCGCUGCGCUGGUACCCUCCUGAGUACUUCAGGAACAACUACUACAGCUUCAAGGGAGACGUGUGGGCGUUUGGCAUCGUGCUGUGGGAGAUGCAGACAUUUGGUACACUGCCGUACCCGAACCUGGAGACGUCGGAUGCAGUGGUGUAUCACAUCUGCAUCGGCCAUAAGAACACAAACCCAGAAGGAUGCCGACCAGAGAUUCUCCACAUCAUGAGAGAUUGUUGGUUGGAGCCGUACACUCUGAGACCCUCGUUCACAGAUAUCGUCUCCAUGCUGGAGAACAUCAUCGAAAACGACUCGGACUAUGUGGAUGUUGCGAGUCCGCAGAUUUUUGUGAAAGAUGAAGCUGAAUAUCACGAAGCUAAAUGUCUGCGAGCAGCCAGCGUCUCCUUCGAGGAUGAAAAUCACAUCUGAAUAAAUGUACAAAGGCAUCAGACCAAGGACAAUUAUGAUCUAACAUUUAAGACUAUGUUUAUCUAUGGCUACAUUUCUUUUGUUAAUGUUGUGACUAAUGAACUUUUUAUAUUCUUGUUUAACACGGUAACAUGUUAGUCUUAUCUGUAAACAAAGCUGUGAAUCAAGGUGUUAAAUAGCAUCAGGUAAUUUAUUCAAACUAAACUUCUCAGAAGAGUGAACACCUUGUUUCAGAAAAAUGUAUCUAGAUUAUCCUGUGACCCGUGUCCCAUCUGUUGACAUGGAGGAGGCGGAGCUUAUACUGCAGCCAGUCAGCAGGGGGAGCUCUGAGUGUUUUGGUUUUCUUUUUAGGGGGACCGACAUGUCAUCCAUCUUUUUAUACAGUCUAUGAUUUAAACAUUGAUAUGUUUUCUUAUAAUAUUUAAAAUGUACCUUAAAUGGAACCAAUGCUAUGGCUUUAAAGAUUUGUAUUUCAUGAUUAAAAAUCAUUUUGUGUA